CCUGCUCCUGCUGGCCACUUGGCCCGUGGUGGCGGCGAUCCGCAACGGCACGUCCAUGCAACACCCCCUCGCCAUCCUCUGGCUGGGCAGCAUCGCCAAGAGCCUGCAGCUGGGCUGCCUCUGUUGCGCCUCUCUGGCGGCGGCCCUGAGCGGCGACAGCGUCGGCGGAGGAUUCAGCCAUGAUUACAUCUUUGUCACCCCGGUCGAGGUGGACUCCAGCGGAGCGUACAUCUCCCACGACGUUUUGCACAGCGCUCGGAGAAAGAGGUCGGCCCCGAGCAUUAGGAGCUCCGUGCACUACAAAUUUUCAGCAUUUGGACAGGAACUCCACUUGGAGCUUAGACCCUCUGUCCUGUUUAGCAGCAGUUUUGCUGUCCAGGUACUUGGGAAAGAUGGCACUGCAGAUUCUCAGGAACGUGACGUUGAGCAGUGUUUCUAUCAGGGAUUUAUAAGGAACUAUAGCUCUUCUUCGGUAGCCAUAUCGACGUGCAUAGGCUUGUCAGGUUUGAUAAGGACACAGGAGAAUGACUUCCUUAUAUCUCCAUUACCUCAACACCUAGCACAGGAACACAACUACACAUCACCUGCUGGACACCACCCUCACGUAUUAUACAAACGGACAGCCGAAGAGAAGGUUCACCGGUACAAAGUAGAUUCAAAUCCCCAACAUUUUCCCCCUGGCCAUCACAGAAAUCACACUGCCCACAAGUAUCACAUUCAAGCGAAUGAUUACCACCAUGGAAGGUUUCAGAAACAGCAUUUUUGUGGACGUCGCAAGAAAUACACACCUAAACCACCCACUGAGGACACAUUAAUCCUAGCUGACGAAUAUGGGAGCUCAGCAAGAUUGAAAAGAUCUCCCAUUAAAAGCCAGAAGGGGGGAAGUUUGAAUGUUGAAACUCUGGUUGUGGCAGACAAGAAAAUGUUGGAGAAACACAGCAAGGAGAAUGUCACGACGUACAUCUUAACUGUUAUGAACAUGGUGUCAAGUCUUUUUAAGGAUGGUACCAUUGGAAGUGACAUCAAUAUCAUCAUUGUGAGUCUUCUCCUUUUGGAACAGGAACCAGGUGGAUUAGUGAUCAAUCACCAUGCAGACCAGUCAUUAAACAGCUUUUGUCAGUGGCAAUCAGCUCUGGUUGGAAAGAAUGGGAAGCGUCAUGACCAUGCCAUUUUGCUUACCGGAUUUGAUAUCUGCUCUUGGAAGAAUGAACCGUGUGACACUUUAGGUUUCGCUCCCAUCAGUGGAAUGUGCAGUAAAUACCGCAGUUGCACCAUCAAUGAAGACACUGGGCUUGGUUUGGCAUUCACUAUUGCACACGAAUCUGGACACAACUUUGGCAUGAUCCAUGAUGGAGAAGGCAACCCUUGCAGAAAAGCCGAAGGUAACAUCAUGUCUCCCACCCUCACAGGAAAUAACGGAGUGUUUUCAUGGUCAGUGUGCAGCCGGCAGUAUCUUAACAAAUUUCUCAGUACAGCUCAAGCCACUUGCCUGAUAGAUGAACCCAAGCAAACUGGACAAUACAAAUACCCAGAUAAGCUCCCGGGACAGAUCUACGAUGCCGACACACAGUGCAAAUGGCAAUUUGGAGCCAAAGCAAAGCUCUGCAACCUGAGUUUCGUGAAGGAUAUAUGCAAAUCACUCUGGUGCCAUAAAGUAGGCCAUCGGUGUGAGACAAAGUUUAUGCCAGCUGCAGAAGGGACACCCUGUGGGAUAAGCAUGUGGUGUCGAAGAGGUCAGUGUGUUCGAUAUGGAGACCAUGGUCCCAAACCUGUCAAUGGCCAGUGGUCCUUGUGGUCUGAAUGGUCUGAGUGUUCUCGGACCUGUGGAGGUGGAGUUAUGUACCAAGAGCGACACUGCAACAAUCCAAAGCCUCAGUAUGGUGGCAAGUUCUGUCAGGGCUCGAGUCGCAUUUACCAGCUUUGCAAUGUUCAGGCGUGUGCAUCUAACAGCCCGGAUUUCCGUGCCCAGCAGUGUGCCGAAUACAACAGCAAGCCUUUCCGUGGAUGGUACUACAAAUGGAAACCAUAUAUGAAAGUGGAAGAGGAAGAUCGCUGCAAACUCUACUGCAGAGCGGAAGAUUUUGACUUUUUCUUUGCCAUGUCCAACAGAGUGAGAGACGGAACGCCUUGCUCCCUGUUUAGAGAUGAUGUGUGCAUUGAUGGGGUUUGUGAACAAGUAGGGUGCGAUCGUCGGCUUGGAUCCAAAGCUGUUUUGGACGCUUGUGGAGUCUGCAAAGGGGACAACUCCACAUGCAAGUUCUUUUCAGGCCAUGACGUGACACAGCACAAAACCAAUGAUUAUUACCCAGUUGUUACCAUUCCAGCAGGAGCGCGCAGCAUUGAAAUCCAGGAAUUGCAAAUGUCCAGUAGCUACCUUGCUGUGCGCAACUUGAACAAGAAAUAUUACCUAACAAAAGACUGGACAAUUGACUGGCCAGGAAAAUUCUACUUUGCUGGGACCAUGUUUGAUUAUCAGCGCUCUUUUAACUAUCCCGAGAGACUCUUCGCUGCUGGGCCAACUAACGAGACCCUUGUUUUUGAAAUCCUGUUACAAGGCAAAAACCCUGGUGUGGCCUGGCAGUACACUUUCUCCCAAGUGAUCAAUGAGAACAAGGUAUUCACCAAACGGCACAGCUACUCUUGGGUGACGGUGCAGUCAGAUUGCUCAGCCACGUGUGGUGGGGGGCACUUGAUAGCAAAAGCUGUGUGCUUACAAGACCACCGUACCCGAGUCAAUUCCUCUUUUUGUGGUCCAUGGACUAAGCCCUUAAUAGAGACAAAGCUAUGCAACACAAAUCCAUGCCCCGCCUACUGGUCAUCAGAUGAGUGGAGUGCUUGCAGCCAAUCCUGUGGUGGAGGGCAGCAAAGCCGUCAGAUCCAGUGUGUGCAGAGAAAGGCUUUUCAGAAGGAGGAAAUUGUGGCCCAUGCGCUCUGCCCAGUCAGCACACCAGCGCAAAUCCAGGCAUGUAAUAAUCAAGAGUGCCCACCAGAAUGGAGUCCUGGCCCAUGGUCUCAGUGUUCUAAAACAUGCGGAAGAGGCAUAAUUAAACGUGAUAUUUUCUGCAAAAGCAUGGGCCUCUCCACAUUGAAAAUCCUGCCAGAUACUAUGUGCAACAACGAAUUGAAGCCAGAAAGUCAGCAGACGUGUGUGUUGGGGCGAUGUCCGAAAAAUGAUCGGCUCCAAUGGGUGAUUUCCGCAUGGAGUGAGUGCUCAGCCACCUGUGGUCCAGGCUUAAGGAGGCGGGAGAUGCAAUGCAGCGAGAAAAGCAUCAAUGGCAAAUUGAUCACUUUCCCACAGCGGCGAUGUCGAAAUCUGAAACAGCUAAACAUUGAACUGGAAGAGGUCUGCAACUGGGGAGCAUGUCCUUUGCAUCACGUGUAUAACAGGGUGUCAGGAUGGUACUCUUCACCUUGGCAGCAGUGCACGGUGACGUGUGGUGGAGGAGUGCAGACACGGACUGUGCAGUGCCUUCGACAGGGUCAGCCGGUGGCGGGGUGUCUGCCCCAUCAGAAGCCAGCAAUGUCAAGAGCCUGCAACACUAACUUCUGCUUGGCUCCGGAGAAGAAAGAUGACCCUUCUUGCGUGGACUUCUUCAGUUGGUGCCAUCUGGUUCCCCAACAUGGCGUCUGCAAUCACAAAUUUUACGGCAAGCAGUGCUGCAAAUCGUGCACACGAAAGAACUGACAAAAAUUGUUUCCAUUUGACCCUUUGAUGGCAAGAGUUUCCCUUUCAGUUGAUGGUGAAAUUAAAGGCCUGCCUUCCUGAUCCAAACACCCUGUACAUUUUCAAUUGAAGAGACUCAGAUAGCAUAGAGCAAUAGUUGUGGUGGUACGACUUUUGAUGAAUGAUGGGUGUACAAGGACUGGAUUCUCACCAAAUGCACAGGGUAUCAUUGAACACUAGCAGGUGGGGGCAUUGUUUAGUCUUCUGUCUAUUUGUCAUUUCCAAUGUCCCUUGUUGGAAGCCAAGAAAACUACACUACUUUGUUAACAUCCAUAGCUGAUCUUGGAUCGGCACAUUUUGCAUGAUGCUCCUAGUUUGCCCAGGAUGAAGAACCUGCAACAUGGCAGUACUGUCUAGAGCAGCGGUUCCCGACAGGGUGUACUUGUAUCCUAGUGGUACUUGAAAGCCUCCCAGGGUGUACUCAGAGGUUUCCUGCCUCUCCAUGUUGCAGCUAUUUGUUCCCAAACUGAAAAUCACCUGCUUGAAGUCGACACAUCCUUAGUGAUGUAUCCACUACAGAGGACACAUAAUUCCUCCUCUGCUCCUGAUUGGCUGGCUACAUGCUGAAGUUCAGUGUACCCCUUUCCUCAACCUGAUUGACAGACUUCAGAAAAUUAGCACUGAGUAUUCCCAUUGAAAUUAAUAGGACAAGUAGACUUGUCCCAUUAAUUUCAAUGAGAGUUCUCAUUAGAGAACUCUGAGAGUUCUGGAUGUAAGCCAGUGACUGGUGUAGAGUCUGGAUAGAGUCUGGAUGUAAGCCAGUGACUGGUGUAGCCUGUCUCAUAAGUGUAACAUUUAAAUUUGUGUAUGCAUAUACAGGAGCACCUCCAUAUUUGCGGACUCGUUAUCGGCGGAUUCUCGUAUCCAUGGUUGGGUAAUUAACCCAGCCUUGGUAUAUGUGGGUAAAAAAACAGCAAAUAAAGGGUUAAUUCUGCAUAUCCAUGGGUUGAGGAUGGCUGGAAAUGACUUCCGAGGUCAUUUCCAGCUGCCAUUUUGUGACGAGGAGCCAUCUUGUGGCUCAUUUUGAUGGGAAAAAAUGACAUUCUUCUAUGAUUUUUUGCUUUUAAAUUUGGACUUUUGGCCAGGGUGGGGGGUAUUGCUAGACUGCUGAAGGCCCACAGAACAUGGUAGGGCCCUAUGUUGCCAUUUGGGGGACCUUUGGGGUAUGAGGGGGGGUUCAUGCACCAGGAACCUAAACCCCACAAUGCCAUAGACAUUAUAAUUCUGUAUUUGCGGUUUUGUUAUCUCUGCUAAUAGCAGAGCACAGAAGCUCCAUGAAUACUGAGGUUCAGCUGUAUUCUUUCUCUCCCUCUCCCCCUCGGGUAAUUGUUUGCGAUAGAGGAGUUACACUUAACUUGUUCAAAAAGGUUGGGAACCCCUACUCUAGAGAGAUGGUGGCCAUUUCAACAUCUGUGAGCACAACUGCUCAAAGCAAGAAGAGUGGCUGCUGGAAUUAUGCAUUGCCACCAAACAGAACACAGGUCUAAUGUGAUUCAUAACCCGAGCGUACGGUGCACUAUCAAGAUAAAAGGUGCUUUUUCACUUGCUGCUGGGGAAGCAAGUGCUUUAUUAUUUCAAAUUUACUUUGUUGCCCUUUCUACUUGGAUUAGUAACUCAGGCAUGAUUGAAAAACCACUUGAGAGGCACUCAUAGAGGUGCCUACCAAACAGAACACACACGGGAUGCUCUUUCGAGCAUUGUGUUGUGAUAUGAGCAAACUAGAAUACCACGUUUCACCUAAACCAUGAAACUCAAACAAUUGCUGGUGUACCUCAUUAUCAUUAGUGCUGAAACAAAUGACCACUGGAAUUCCAAAAUACUAUGAACUUCCAGCAUGUUAUCACUGAAUUCUGUUUUGAAUAUUUGCAGCUCUUGGAGAAUCUUGGCUUGAGUGCUGCAUGUGAAAACCAGUUUUCCAAGUGUAAAAUUUGAGUUUUCUGGCAUGAAGACCCAGCAAGGAAGCUCAAGCAUUGCCAGAGAAGUGGAAUUUUCUGCAGAAAACAUGAACCAGAUUUUGUUUUCAGAAUGAGAAUGGUGAAUUCAAAUAUGGCUUCUUUUCCUCACUGCCCUUAGGAGUAAAACGAUGCAUUGCGAGACAUAAUACAUAAUGCUGCACUAUUAAGAUACAAGAUGCUUUUCACUUACUGCUGAGAUAAUACUGCUAAUAUUAUAAUAUUAUCAAUAUAUACAAGAACAAAUAUCAUUAUUUAGUUCAGUGGUUCUUGCGCCAGUGCAACAUAAUGGCUGGGAUCCAAUGAUCUUAUGGCACAAGUGGAAGGCACUUCUGAUAUUACAGAUGGGAUCCCUGAUUUCCUCCUCCUCCCCUCAAAAGCCACUCUGAAGUUCUGCUGACCAUUUGGAAAUUUGGAACCACUUUGCAUGGGUUCAGGAGACAAUGGAUGGGAAGAAGGAAUCAUAUUCCCCUGGAAAGAACAUAAAUGUCUUUCAGUCAUGCAUUGGGAUCUCUAGAUCCAAGCCUAUGAUCUGUGGUGGUUGUGGUAAUCUCCCAAGCCAGCUUGGAAGCAAACACUCCCAAUGUACAUUGGCAUUGCUGUUUACCAUAACCUUGAUCAGCAUAGUUGAGUUGUACGUAGCAGUAACAUGGCACAAUGGUAGAUACAAAUGGGCAUGAAAAGAGCCAUAUUUAUGUGGCAACUGGAAAGCAUUUUGGUCACUAUGGAGGUCACUACUGCAAUUCAAUUCUACAUGCUGGAGGCACGGUAAUAAGGUAUUGCACUAGAGUUGCAUUGAUCUCUAACUCAGGAUGUAAUCUUAAGCGCCCUCUCGGCAUCAGCUGACAAUCUGGGCAUAAUAGUACUUGCCUUAAAAGUUUGUUGUAAGAAUACCAACAGGAUAAUGCAUGUAAAGCUCUUUGAAAACUAGGAAGUGUUAUACAAAUUAGGGGUGAGCCCCAAUCAUCUCCAAAAUGAUUCAGGUGGCCGCAUCUGAAAUGUUUUGGCAGGGGGCAAGCCAUAACUUUAAGAAUGAGGCAUGCAGGUCCUUACCGGCUCCUUUGUCACUCUGCUGCUGUUCCGGUCACAGCACUAUCCUUCCCAAAAGGCUGCACGUGGUUGUGUUGUGAUGGCAGCAUGCACACAGUGUGCACAGCCUUUUGGGAAGGACAGUGCUGAGAUCGGAACAGCGACGGGGUGGCGGAGGAGCAGGUAAGGACCUGCAUGCCUCAUUCUUAAAGCUACCGCUCUCUGCUCCCCCUCCCCAUGGCUGCCCAAAACAAUCCCUAAUACAAAUGCUAAGUAUUAUUAUCACUAUUAUUGUUAUAAUUACAUAAUACAAUGAGAAAGAAAUUAUCGGUAUGAUUUCUAAGGUUUGCAUUUUGAAAUGCGAUUGUUCACGUUCUCCUUUUGCCCUGUACCUCUGGGAUCAGAAGAAGAAAUGAUAGACAUUUACAUUGAAGCCCACUAGCCGGUUAAAUGUAUCCUAUCAUAUUACAGUCAUAUGGCUACCAAGCACAGUAAUUUUUGUCUUUACUGGAAAUGUAGACAAAAUAUUUGAAAUAUAUCUACUACCAGUUAAUUGGCUCUUGUUAAAUAGAUCUAGUUGAUGCUAUCAUUUUCCAGUGCUGCUGAUAUUUGCAGAUUGAGUAUCCUUCGGAAUCUGAGCACAAUGGAUUCUGAAUGGUAAAUGUGCAAACCGAGGGAGAAAAGGCACCCAUGUCUUUGCCAAAACCGAUAUGGCCAAGGCAGAUUUGUGUCCUGCUGUAAUUUUCUGGGGAGUGGCUAAAAAGACCAAUUUUUCUUUUGCUUCCACCCAUCCCACAGCUUCAUUUGAUGAAUAUUACUCAACUUUACUGUUUCUUACAGUAAAGUAUCAUUUCCAAACUAAAAGUAGCCACAUCAGCACUAAUGGUAGAUGUUGGUCAGUUAAAAUUAACAGUUGCUUUUGCAACAGUUUAAAUGGAGAGAAAACAUGUAUUCUCUGAUACCCUAAGAAAUUAUUAUUAGAACCAUAUCUCAUCUCGUAAAUGUUCUGUGUCUUGAACACUGAACAUUUUUAGCUGAUACUUUCGAGGGGGGGGGGGGUGUUUUCCUCACCCGAUAAAUGCCAAGAUUUUGUUCUAGAAUGGUGUCCUUUUUAUUUGAUGUAAAAAUAUUAAUUUAUUAAUGCAUAGCUUUUUUUUCCUUUUUAUUUCAUCACUUGCUUCCCAAGUAAGUGGCAGCAAUUCUGAAAGUUUUACAAAAAAAAAAGUAUGGAUUAUGGUGUAAAAAACCCACAAAGUAUAAAGUGUACUAUUUAAUUAUUUUAUAAGUAAGUUUUAUAAUAAAAGUACUCUUAAUGGUUCCAUUAUGUUUGCUACCCAUACAAGUCUUGAAUAAAAUAUGGAGUAUAUGUA